GCGACAAACGCGCAAGUGUGAAAAAGGCUCAGACGAGUUGGAGAGGAAAAAAUAACGCAUUCAUCUUCAUAACGUGUUGCUCAAUAUACAUUGAACACUGGAUAAUUUGAUCACGAUUAAUACAGUAAUAUUUCUGAUGCACAUUAUUGGAAGGAAAGUAUCUGCUGUGGAUGUGAAUGCUGAGUGUAAAACUGGACAGUUUUAAAACUGAAAGUGAAACUUUCAAGGACAGUUUGAUGAAAUUGCGUCUAAACUUCUUUCUGAGGAGGAUUUCUCUUGUUCUGUGUGCCGUGACACACAACUCACAAAGCUGUGAUCGAUAAUAAGAUGGCUACAUCAGAAGAUUACCGUACUAUAACUCAGGAGGAGCUGGAAGAACUUAAAGAAUCGAUAUCUACUCAGGAUCUGUCAUCAGCUGCUGACACCAUCAAACAUUUCCUCCAACAGCGAGAUCGUGUAGAACUUAAUAUUGCUGUGACGGGGGAAUCUGGUUCUGGAAAGUCCACAUUUGUCAAUGCUUUUAGGGGUUUGGGAGAUGGAGAUGAGGGUUCAGCUGAAACUGGUGUAGUGGAGACCACUAAAGAACCCAAAGCUUACAAACACCCAAAAUAUAAAAAUGUGACAUUGUGGGAGCUCCCUGGAACUGGAACACAAAACUGGAAACCUCAUGAGUACUUUGAACACGUUCAGUUUGAGCGCUAUGAUUUUUUCAUCAUAAUUGCUUCAGAUCGUUUCAGAGAAUGCCACGCUGACCUGGCCAAAGAGAUCAAGAGAAUGAAGAAGAAUUUCUACUUUGUUCGUUCCAAGAUUGACACCAGUAUUGAUGCUGCAAUGAGGAAAAAAAGCUUUAAUGAGAAAAACACACUGGACAAAAUACGAGAAGACUGUGUAAACGGUCUGAGAGAGGUCGGUGUAGAGGAUCCUGUUGUGUUCUUGAUUUCUGGUUUGUAUCUCAGCAAGUAUGAUUUUAAUUCACUGCAGGAGAGGAUGGAGAUUGAAGUCCCACAACACAAGAGUCAUGUGCUGAUGUUGGCUGUACUGAAUAUCACAGCAGAGAUUAUUGAGAGUAAAAAGAAAGCUCUAGAGAAAAACAUUUCAAGAGUAGCUUUAUUAUCUGCUGGUGUAGCUGCACUUCCUGUUCAUGGUCUUUCAGUUGUUGUGGAUGUAGCUCUGAUAGUAAAUGAGGCACUAAAGUACAAGACUGCAUUUGGUCUGGAUAAAGAAUCUAUGAAGAGGAUCAGUAUAAGAUCUGGGAAGAGCACUGAGUUUCUAAUGAGUGUGAUGAAAUCAGUUGUGUGUGCAGGAAUUACUGCUAGUUCAACUGUGCUUCAGCUGAGAAAAACCUCUGUUUAUGCAAACGAAGAAGCUGUUGAGCGUGUUGUUAGUUUUAUACCCUUUAUAGGUUCUGCUGUGGCUGCAGGAUUGUCUUUUGUGGCAGUUUCAUACAUGCUGAAGAAAGUUCUGAAUGAAAUAACUGAAGAUGCCAGGAAUGUGCAGAUUGCCUCACAGAAGUAGCCAAAUUUCAUUCAUAAUUAAUUGUUUUAAUGUUCUACACUAUUUAGGGAUACUUAAGAGAUUUUUUUAAAUAUGUUUUUACAUAUAAUAUAUUUGUAAUAAAUGUAUUAUUAUAACUCUAAUUUCAAUUUAAAUAGAUUUUGAAUAGUAAAAUCAAUAUACUACAGCUAAUAUCAGUAAAAUAAUCUCACAAUGCUGAAAUAAUAUAACAUUAUAACAACAGAACAAUGUGAUAAAAAGUGUUGACAUUUUAAUAGUUAUUGUUAAGCAUGCUAAAAAAUAUUGUGUGACUGCUUGUAUUCACAGAACUGUGUUGAUUUAUGUUUACAUGAUCAUAUACUCCAAUAAUUAUAGAAGAAACCUGCAAAAUUCUCAAUUUAUAACAUGGAUUUAACCUGUUUGCAUAAAUGUUGGUCUUGACAAUUAAAUUUCUCUUCACUUUUCUUUUUUCUAUAUUUUUUUUUAACUGAUAAAAUAAAUGAUAAUAACUGUAGUAUAAUAAAUAGAACCUGACUGUA